AUGCUCUCCGCACUUGCUCUUAUGCUUGGUUUGUUGCACUUCCUGGCAACAUUCCUCACCAGUCUUAACAUCUGUGGUAUAUCUGCCAUAGUAGUGAAGUAUCACUGUAAAUACAUGGGGGAUCAUCCUGGCAUCAAAUGGAUGGUCUUAAAGGCACCAGACUCAACUGCUCAUAAGGGUGAGACUCUGAGCCAGAUCCUUGCCAUCCAUGGACAGUGGCACUAUCUUGUGGAGAAGUGUGGCAAUGAUUGCUUAUACAGUUACUGGAGUCCUAAUGCACAAACUAUACCCCAGCAACUUUGCAGCUUUGUGACAAAGUGCUUCUUUGUUGCAAGAAUAUGGAAAUUUUCUGAACAUAAGGCAAUGUGGCUCCUAGCUGUGCCAUAUACAAUUAGUCUCAUCAGCCUCUUCAGCAAGCUGGCAUAUCAGACACAGACUCUUCUAUGCUUACUUCAUGGGUUCUCACAGUUUGGAGAAGUACUAUUCAAAUAUCCCACUUUUCUUGAUUAUGAUCCAAACUCCCCUCAGUAUCCAAUGAUACAUAAACUGCUAAUGGUCUCUGCAGCUGGUGCAUUGAUCACUGAUGUUGGCAUAACAAUUGGCAUGUGUUACUUGCUACAUAUUGCAAGGAAACUUGGAGGCCCCUCCUCAAGCAUAUGUGAAAUCUUGCAUAUGAUAACUUGCUAUCCCAUAAUGUUUACUUGGCAGUUCAUGACCUUGCCUGGAACAUUUGUUUUUGAUGAGGUGUUCUAUGUACUGGGAAUGGUUGAUGUCAAUUGCAUGCUUGCAGCCCUCAACUCCCGUGAGUACUUCCGUGGGAAGCUCAAGCAUGUCCAGACCUUGUAG